CGUCGGACUGCUGGGCGCCAUGGGGGAGCCUCCCGGAGGGACACCGGCCCCUGCGGCUGAGGCGCCGCCGCGCCAGCCCGAAGCGCCCACGUCGGAGCCCGGCUCGGUGAGCGCAAAGCGGGGGGCCGAGGACAGCAGACCGGGUCGCCUCUCAUUUUGUACAAAGCUGUGCUAUGGCAUUGGCGGCGUCCCCAACCAGGUGGCCUCCAGCGCCACAGCCUUUUACCUGCAACUCUUCCUGCUUGAUGUGGCACAGAUCCCUGCUGCCCAGGUGUCAUUUGUCCUGUUUGGAGGGAAAGUGUCUGGGGCAGCUGCCGACCCUGUCGCUGGGUUCCUCAUCAACCGAAGCAGGAGGGCAAGGUCUGGACGACUCAUGCCCUGGGUGCUGGGCUGCACGCCCUUCAUCGCCUUGGCCUACUUCUUCCUGUGGUUCCUACCACCCUUCACCAGCCUGCGGGGCCUCUGGUACGCGGCUUUCUACUGCCUGUUCCAGGGCCUGGCCACGUUCUUCCAGGUGCCUUACGCAGCGCUCACCAUGCUCCUGACCGCCAGCCCGAGGGAGCGGGACUCGGCCACCGCCUACCGGAUGACCAUGGAGAUGGCGGGGACGCUGGUGGGAGCCGCGGUCCACGGGCUCAUCGUGUCCGGCGCCCACGGGGCCCACAGGUGCGAGGACGCCGCGCUGCCCGGGCCGGUCGCCGUGUCCCCCGACGCGACUCGCCUCUACUCCAUUGCAGCCGCUGUGGUUGCUGUGACUUACCCCGCGUGUAGCUGUUUGCUCCGCCUGGGGGUGAAGGAGCGACCAGACCCCUCCACCCCAGUCUCAGGCCAGGGCCUGAGCUUCCUGGCUGGGCUGAGCCUCACUGCCCGACACCCACCCUACCUAAAGUUGGUGAUCUCCUUCCUUUUCAUCUCAGCAGCCAUUCAGGUGGAGCAGAGCUACCUGGUCCUGUUCUGUACACAUGCCUCCCGACUACACGAUCAUGUCCAGAGCCUGGUGCUUACCAUCCUGGUCUCUGCUGUGCUGAGUACUCCGCUGUGGGAGUGGGUCCUGCAUCGAUUUGGGAAGAGGACAUCAGCUUUUGGGAUCUUUGUGAUGGUGCCUUUCGUGAUCCUGUUGGCUGUUGUGCCCACAGCACCUGUGGCAUAUGUUGUGGCCUUUGUAUCUGGCAUGAGCAUUGCUGUGUCCUUGCUGCUGCCCUGGUCCAUGCUUCCAGAUGUGGUAGAUGAGUUCCAGCUGCAUCACCAGCAUGGCCCAGGCCUGGAGACCAUCUUCUACUCCUCCUAUGUCUUCUUCACCAAGCUUUCAGGAGCAGGAGCCCUGGGCAUCUCCACUCUCAGUCUGGAGUUUGCAGGGUAUGAGGCAGGAGCCUGCAAGCAAGCCGAGCAGGUGGUAGUGACCCUCAAGGUCCUCAUCGGUGCUGUGCCCACCUGCAUGAUCCUCACCGGUCUGUGCAUCCUCAUGGUCAGCCCCACCCCGAAGGUGCCAAGUCAGGACACCUCCCGCCAGCUGAGCCUUCGGAGGAGGACCAGCUACAGCAUGGCUUGACAUUUGGGACUUGUGGGAGCUGGACCCACAGGAGCCAGCAUCUUCUGGGCUCGAAGUCCUUCUUUUCCUCUGCCCUUCAGCACCCCUGCUUCACUGUAUACACAUGGUGUCUUUUCCCCUGGGAUGUGGAGUCUUCAGUGACAUUUCCUGAAGGGACUGGCCUGGGCUCUAGGACCCCCACCUGUCAUGUCUUGCCUGUUGACCACAGACCAUCUCAGAUAGGUCUGUGUCCCUGGCUACCCAGCUCCUGGGAAACUUUUGACCUGGAAAGCAUCCCAAUACCAACUACUCCUGAAAAAAGGAAGCCCCUACCAGCCUGGCCUGGAGACUCCCUGUGGGAAUACCUGGCCCAACGAACUGCUCAUCUGACAGGACAGACACAGACCUCCUGUUCCUCCUGGUGCCCCAGCGGGCAUCUGCAACAGAGGCUGAUAAAAGCGGGCUGAGUGGGGACAGACGGACAUGCUGGAGAUGUCCAGUUAGGAGAGACACAGACCCGAGAGGGAGUGACUGGGGACAGCAUCAGAAUGACAAGACUGAGCAGGGUAUGAGAGGCGUCUCUCAAGCAUUCCCCUUGUUCAGAUAAACUGAUGACACUGUUUCUGGAACUGGACACUAAAAAUCAAUCAUUUUUAUGAACAGAAGUUAUUUUUAUGCAAAUAUUUUUCUGAAACUUUAUCUUCUAAAGCACAGGAAUCAGUUUUCUAGAACUGGGGAAGAAAG